AUGCGCUUCAUCACGGGGUCGACGAGACAUUCGGCACUUGGAAAGCUCCUUCGAGGUCUGCCAUUGUCAAUGGUCGAGGCUUCUAGGUCUUGCGAUGACGACGGAGAAGGCGUUGCAACGCGCCGCUGGGCCUGGGCGCAGCGGGAUUUGGACGUACAUAUUCGUAGACGCACCAACGCACAAGCCUGGCUUCAGCCAAAGGACUCGAGCCUCUUCUUCCUCUUACCUAUCCACAACCCAUCUACCGCCGUCACCACCAUCACCACCACCAUCACCACCGCCACCAGCAGCAACCAACCUCAAACAUGCCAGGCCACAACAACAAGCGCGGCGGCGGCAGCAGCGGCGAGGGACGCGGCGGAGGACGCAACUUUGGUAAUGUAUCAGAGACCGCAAAGGCCCACGAUCGAGGAGCGCGUGGAGCAGAAGAGGAAGGACUUCCAAAAAGCGCAGGCGGAGCUCCUGCAGGCGGAGGAGCUCCACUGGGCGCGCGCCCAUUCCUUGGAACUCCUGGCGGCGAUGCCCGAGGGGCCUGGAAAGGAGGCCUUCAAGCGCAUGCUCCGCGCCUUCCAGACUUUCCCGAAAAACAAGCCGGAGCUUGUCGCUGCCGAGGGCCCGGCCGUGACCGACGAGACGCCCGCCGCCGCCACGACCGACAACACCGAGUAA